CUCACAUUGAAUAAGUGCACAUUCUUACUCCAGACAGUAGAUGGCAACCUCUGCCUAUCUGAAAAUCAGUCUGCCACAGAAAAAUAAAAAACAAACUUUUACUGCGCAAGACUAUUACGAGUUUGCUGGACUGCAAAAAAAAGAUUAUGGCACUAGGCUCUCAAUCGCGUGAAAAUCGAAUGCAGUUGAAACACAAUAUUGGAACCUGCAUAGACACAAUUCAAGACAAGCUGUUCAUUCUAAGCCAAGACAUAUGGAGGUGUCCAGAGCUUGCAUAUGGGGAGAAACAGUCACACGACAGGCUCGUUCGUUUUCUCUCUGAUGAUAAUUUAUGGGAGGUUGAAAGUCACUACAAACUGCCUACCGCAGUUAGGGCGACAUGGGGCCCAUUUGGUGGCAAAGACGGCGACAGAGUUUUGAAUGUGGGAUUCCUAUGCGAGUACGAUGCGUUGCCAGGUAUUGGCCAUGCAUGUGGACACAACCUUAUAGCAGAAGUCGGUGUGGCUGCUGCACUAGGGCUGACGGGUGCAUUAGGAUUAGUAAGAGAACCAACAGACUGUCUGACUCCUCUCCGUGUAAAGGUGACAGUUCUUGGGACCCCAGCAGAAGAGGAUGGAGGAGGGAAGGUUGACCUCAUCCUGGCUGGGGCAUUUGAAGACAUGGAUGUUGUCUUCAUGGCUCACCCCGCUCAGCAGGAUGUUACCUUCCUACCCUGUGUAUCCAUCACAGAUGUGACAGUGAAGUACCAUGGGAAGGCGUCUCAUGCUGCAGCGUACCCCUGGGGGGGGGUCAAUGCCCUGGAUGCAGCAGUGCUGGCGUACAACAGCCUGUCAGUUCUGAGGCAGCAGCUGAAGCCAGACUGGAGACUCCAUGGCAUCAUCAAACAUGGUGGAGUGAAGCCUAACAUCAUCCCAGCCUACACCGAGCUGGAGUAUUACUUGCGCACUCCACUGGUCACGGACCUGUCUGACCUCAAAGCCAAGGCAGAGGCCUGCUUCCGGUCAGCUGCCGUGGCAACUGGUUGUCAAGUGGAGAUAACUUAUCCAAACCACACAUAUUCCAACAUCCUUCCCAACACCACCCUUGCACAGCUCUACGAAGAGAAUGGUAGAGCCUUGGGGAUUGAGUUUGUGGAAGUGCAGAACAAUUUCUCAGGUUCCACUGACUUUGGCAACGUGUCAUUUGUCGUCCCUGGGAUACACCCUUUCUUUUACAUUGGCACCGAUGCACUGAACCACACUGAGGAGUACACCGCAGCUGCAGGUGCAGAAAAGGCCCAGUUUUACACACUCCGGACUGCCCUGAGCUGUUUCACAAGAUGAGGGUGGAAUUCUCCGAGGCCAAACUGAAGCAGGAGCAAGGACCGAAAGACAAGGACACGACUGGCUCCACACAUUCGUGAAAAAGCCAAAAACAUUGAUGACCUCGUGAUUAACAGUGUGACGUAGAAGUCCGUCACUGGCCGCGGGCAGCAUUUGGUUCUUUAACGCACACACAUAUUCAUCACUCCUCCCUGCGCCAUUAUAAGAUAAGUUAACAAUGUGGGUCGACACACAAAUUAACUUCUGUCUUGGUGCAUGCAUUUCACACUUGUCAAUGUUCAUAUUUGAGAGAUACAAUAAUUAUUAUACUUAUCAAUGUUGUGGAUGAGCGCAUUGUUUGUUUGUUCUGUUCCUCUCUCUCCAUCUCUGUAGCUUCCGGGUAUGCUGGAAAAGGACCCGAGCUAAGGGAAUUGGGUUGGCUUUAUAGUGCCUGUCCCAAAUGGCUCAUUAAUGCAUAUGGGCAUAUUGAAAGAUAUUGUCAGUAGUGAUGUAAUGUUGUAAAUGUUAUGUUGUGUUAUUGUUUAAAACCGUGUUGCAAUGUAUAUCCUUUAGUAUGUUUAGUUCAUGGAAAAUGUAGGUUUGUAUUGUUAAUUGAUUAAUUAAUUAGGGUUAAUUGUUCUGAGGGGAGGGGCUAGCCCUACAAAAGGAGCCUCUCUUUCAGUCAUAGAGGGGAUUUUUUUUUUUUUUUUUUUUUUUUUUUUGAUUGAGCUGUGG